CACAGUUGCUCUGCUUCUUUAUUGGGUUUUGUAACCUCAGAGAGGCUGAUGUUGGCCUAAACUCAAACCACCCUGCCGGGAUCGGUUUCGGGGCAAAGCUGCCAUGAGUCCUGCGAGCCGCGGGCGGCCCCGGCAGCGGCUAGGGGAUCGCGGCCUCAUGAAACCACCUUCGCUUUCCAAGCGCCGCCUGCUGCCGCGAGUGCAGCUCCUGCCCCUGCUGCUGCUGGCGCUGGCUCUGGGCUUGGCUUCCUAUAUCGUCUGGAAUAGCUGGCACCCUGGGGUUGAGGAGGUGUCCCGGAGCCGGGAUCUGCGGGUCCCGCUGAUCGGAAGCCUUUCAGAAGCCAAGCUGCGGCUGGUGGUAGGACAGCUGGAUCCGCAGCGUCUCUGGGGAACUUUCCUGCGUCCCUUGUUGGUUGUGCGACCCCCGGGUAGUCCUGGCAAUCUCCAAGUGAGAAAGUUCCUGGAGGCUACGUUGCAGUCCCUGUCGGCAGGCUGGCACGUGGAACUGGACCCAUUCACAGCCUCGACGCCCUUGGGGCCACUGGACUUCGGGAACGUGGUGGCCACACUUGACCCAGGAGCUGCCCGUCACCUCACCCUCGCCUGCCAUUAUGACUCUAAGUUCUUCCCUCCUGGGCUGCCCCCCUUUGUGGGGGCCACAGAUUCAGCCGUGCCCUGUGCCCUGCUUCUGGAGUUGGUGCAGGCCCUUGACGUCAUGCUGAGCCGACUCAAGCAGCAGGCAGCACCGGUGACCCUGCAGCUCCUCUUCUUGGAUGGGGAGGAGGCACUGAAGGAGUGGGGACCAAAGGACUCCCUCUAUGGCUCCCGGCACCUAGCUCAGAUCAUGGAGUCUAUACCGCACAGCCCCGGUCCCACCAGGAUCCAGGCUAUUGAUCUCUUUGUCCUUCUCGACCUUCUGGGAGCGCCCAGUCCAAUCUUUUUCAGUCACUUCCCCCGCACAGCCCGUUGGUUCCAACGACUGAGGAGCAUAGAGAAGCGCCUUCACCGUCUGAACCUACUGCAGUCUCACCCCCAGGAAGUGAUGUACUUCCAACCCGGGGAGCCCCCCGGACCUGUGGAAGAUGACCACAUCCCCUUCCUUCGCAGAGGGGUCCCGGUGCUCCACCUCAUUGCCACACCCUUCCCUGCUGUGUGGCACACGCCUGCUGACACUGAAGCCAACCUCCACCCGCCCACUGUGCACAACCUGAGCCGCAUCCUCGCAGUGUUUCUGUCGGAGUACCUGGGACUCUAGCCUGCAGCCUGAUACCGUGAAGGGACCUUAUACCUAGCUGAGGACCGGACAGGGGCCAAUGAGCCAGUGUAGGGUGACCAGGCUCACCUCAGAUAUGUGCUACAACCAUGCAAGCCACCGUGAUGCACGGAUAUGCAAGGACCACUGAGGACAUGAGAGAGCCCAAGGAAAUCGGGAAUCCUUUGGCCUCUGUCCUGAAGUAAAGAACUGGAAGUUUCCAGGGACCAAAUAAUGUGUCAUGGGCUGGCACCUGGACCAGUACCAGCAACCAAAUGAAUCUCUGUGGCCAGUGUUUUAUGUCAGUUCCUUGGCUACCGUACGGACCCCGUUCUGACUCCACAUGGCAUGGGCUCGUCCCUCAGGACAGAGGUGAGGCCUAGCUCGGUGUCCUACGGGCUGCUUGGCUCAAGGGUGCCGACCACGAGGGUUAAGGGAACCCAAGGCCACAGCUCCCAUGAGAAGUGACAUUAAGUGGGCGUCCUCACUGCAGACAGCGAGGCGUCCAGAGUAAGAAAAUGAAAUGGUUCUCAAAGUACCCCACAGGGCUCGCCCUGCAGGAACGGAUUUCAAGUGAAGCUGCCUCUGAGGAUAUUGGGAAAUACUGGCUUUGGCAGGUUUGAGAAUGGGAAUGGACUGAGUAGACUGAGACCCACCUGGACGGAGUCAACCCGAAACUUCUUGUGUGUACAACUCUAGUGAACAGUUCCUUUUAUUGUCUUUUUCUUUUUUUUGAGACUGGGUUUCUCUGUGUAGCCCUGGCUGUCCUGCGACUCGGAUCUGUAGACCAGGCUAGCCUCGAACUUUUGAGAUUCGCCUGCCUCUGCCUCUAAAGUUUUGGGAUUGAAGGCGUGCGCCACCACUGCCCAGGUAGCCUGGAACUUUCUAUGUAGACCUUGAACACAAGAGCUGUGAUUCCACCUUCGCUGGAAUUGAAAGGAAAAGCCACCACACCCAGCCCUACUGCUUUCUUUUUUUAUAGUUUUAUUUUUAUUUCAUGUGCAAUUGUGUUCUGUGAGAGUGUUAGAUCCUCUAGAACUGGAGUUACAGUCAGGUGUGUACUGUCAUAUAUAGGCACUGGGGAUUGAACCUGGAUCCUCUGGAAGAGCAACCAUUGCUCUUAAGUACUGAGCCAUCUCUCCAGAUGAGGUGUAUAUAGCCCUGACUUCUCUGGAGCUAUGGUGUCCAGGUGUCCACACACUUAGAACCCUCCUGGGGUAGCAGGUUUAUAUCUUGCCAUAGGCAGCCUGAGCUUGUUUCUCAAGCCCAUUAAAGAACAAAACAAAAACAAAAAACAGGCUCCCUAGCUGGGCGCUGGUGGUGCAUGCUUUUAAUCCCAGCACUCAGGUAGAGGCUGGUGGAUCUCUGAGUUCGAGGCCAACCUGGUCUACAGAGUGAGUUUCAGAACAGCCACAGCUACUCAGAAAUCCUGUCUUGAAAAGCCAAAACAAACCCAAAAGGAAUUAGAAACCAAAAAAUCCCUCCCAACCAAUCAAAAAUAAAUAAAAAUACAAAAUGAAAUACAACAGGCUUCCAAGAUCCAGCCCAACUCUACUGCAGUACGAAGAGGAGGGGCAGGGGCACCGUCGUCAUAGCGGGUCAUGAAUGCACCUUCAUCCCAGCACCUGGAGGCAGAAGCAAGUAAAUUUAGGGGACACCAGGGCUACACAACGAAUCUUGUCUAGAAAAAAACCCAAACAACAGCAACAACAAAAACAACCAAACAAAUAAACAGAAAACAACAAACAAA